AUGUGCUUUGAAGCACUUGAUCAGAUGCUCAGGAACCUUAUGUCAGUUACCAAUCAACAUAAGACACAUAAAUCAUUUGGUGGUAAGGUUGUUGUUUUAGGAGGUGAUUUCAGACAGAUACUUUCGGUGAUUCCAAAAGGGAGUAGACACGAUAUAUUGACAUCAGCUAUUAACUCAUCUCAUCUAUGGUCGUUUUGUAAGGUUCUGAAACUGCAUAUGAACAUAAGACUUCUAAUACCUUCUUCAGAUCAAGAUGAAGGUGAAAUGAAGAGAUUUAAUAAUUGGAUACUUGAUGUUGGAAAUGGAAAUAUUGGUUCUGUUGUUGGUGAUGAAUUAAAAUUUAAAAUUUCAAAUGAUAUAUAUUGA